AUGCAAGCGGCGUGGGAGCGGUGCGUUCGUGCCUCCAAGCGGGAGGGCAUUAUGGGCAGUUCAACGGCGCUGCUAUCGAUGUUGCGCGGCGAUGAAUUGCACAUUGCGAAUAUGGGAGACUGUGUGCUGCUGCUGAUCCGCAAUGGCGAGAUGAUUUUCCGCAGUGCGGAGCAGCAGCACAGUUUCAAUUUCCCUGUGCAGCUCGGCAUGAUGGAUGCGACGGUGGAGAGUGUCACGCUGGCAAGGGCGCUGUGUAUGCAUCGAGAUGGUAUGAUCCCCGAUGGUGCCCAGGACCAGGACUUGCCGGAUGUCAAUGAAAAUAUGAGUGGGUACAUCCGCUCGUAUGCUCCGCAGGUGUCGGAGGAUGUGCCGUAUGACAGCCCGCGGCAUGAUGCUGGCUACUGGGUUCUCCAGGUGCAGCCUGGCGACUUGGUGAUUAUGGCGACAGAUGGGCUGUUUGACAACCUAUUUGAUGAUGAGAUUUCGGAGGUGGUGCAGGAUGUGAUGCAUGACCUGGGCCUAGCGUGGGGCAGUGAAGAUGUGGAUACGAAUGAAGAUUUGCCCUACCUAGUGUCGGAGCAGCUGUGCAUCAAAGCGUACCAGAACAUGCACGACUUUCGCGUGCUGGCCAGCCCGUUCCAGCAGCAUGCCAACGAAGAAGGUAUCUACUAUGUGGGUGCGAAGAACGACGAUGUCACGGUGCUCUCUGGCGUGAUUCGGAAGCGAGGAGAACCUUCGUACGAUCCGUUGGACGCGCCGAGCCAGGGCACGAGUAUGGUGUAG